UUAAAAUAACAAUCUUAGAUAAAUUAAUAAAAAUGGCAACAACACUGUCUCGAACUACGCAUUUAGAGAAUAAGGCCCGACCAUUUACUGUAAUUGUAGAAGGUAACAUAGGAAGUGGGAAGACAACGUUUUUAAAUUAUUUUAAAAAAUAUGAAGAUCUGUGUGUAUUAGCUGAACCAAUUGAAUUAUGGCGAGAGUGCAGUGGACACAAUUUGCUACAAUACUUAUAUGAAGAUAUAAAUCGAUGGGGAUUUAGCUUUCAGUCAUAUGUAAUGCUAAGUAUGUUGAAACAUCAUCUCAAAAUAACAGAACAUCCUAUUAAAAUGAUGGAGAGGUCUAUCUUCAGUGCUAGAUAUUGUUUCAUUGAAAAAAUGAAAAUGGAUGGCCUUUUACCAUCCCCAUCCCAUGCUGUUCUAGAUGAAUGGUUUAAGUGGAUCACUGCCAGUUGUAAUGUAUCUGUUGACUUAAUAGUUUACUUGAGGACUAGUCCAGAAGUUGUUUACGAAAGAAUGCUGCAAAGGAACCGUAAAGAAGAAAAAAAUGUCUCUUUAGAUUAUCUAAAACAGCUACACGAAAUACAUGAAGAUUGGCUAUACAGAAGAAGUAUAUUUUCUUGUCCUGCACCUGUUGUUACCCUAAAUGCCAAUUUGGAUCAAUCAGUUUUAAAGGAGGAAUACAAAAAAUGGGAACCCUGUAUUUUAAAUAAAAUUCAAGUUUCCAUUUAAUUUUGUCAGGCCAUAUCAUUUCAUUCCUUGUAUCAUUCGAUUAACAUAUAAAUUAUAUUAUCAAAAUAAACUUUUUUGGGUGUU